AUGAAUGAAUAUCAUCGUCUUGGAAUAAAAAAUUUUAAAAGUAUACGUCAUCUUGGACAAAUUAAACUUGCAUUUGAUCUAUGUACUGAUGAUAUAUCAGCACCACAAUAUGUAUCAUUUAAAGGAAAUGAUUCUAAUAAAAAAAUACAAAUUUCUAAUAAUGAUAAACUUAAAUUUGAUUAUAUUCCAAUAAAAAAAUCAACUAAUAAUUGGUUACAAAAUUGUCAAUGUUCUAAAAUAUUGAUGAAUUUUAUUAUGAAUAUUUUCUAUCUGUUUUUUCGUAUAUUAUGCAUUAUCUUGAAAUAUACAAUUUAUUUAAUAUGGUAUCUAUUUAAAAUUUUACUCUAUAUAAUCUUUCGUUUAUUAACCGAAUCAAAAUUAUAUUGUUCAAAAUCUGUCCUAUGCCAUCCAAUUCGAUGUUACCAUCAUCGAUUCUAA